CGGUGUGUAUAUGUGUGUACGUGUUUGACUAAGCGAGCGUAUGUUGAUACUGAUUGUUCGAGUUAGUGGGAAUUAGAGAGGGGAGUUAUCAAAGGCAUUGACCCAGGUGCUGAUCCUGACAGCUCUCUCUGUCACCUCCACGUCCGCCUUGCUCUGGGAGCUCCAGGAUGAGCCAGCCGCGGCCGGACGAGUUCAAGCCGCCUCCAGAGUGCCCGGUCUUCGAGCCUAGCUGGGAGGAAUUUGCGGAUCCUUUCGCGUUUAUCAAUAAGAUACGGCCCAUCGCGGAGAAAACUGGCAUCUGCAAAGUCCGACCUCCACCGGAUUGGCAACCUCCGUUUGCAUGUGAUGUUGACAGACUCCAUUUCACUCCUCGGAUCCAGAGACUCAAUGAGUUGGAGGCGCAGACUCGGGUCAAGCUUAAUUUUCUUGACCAGAUUGCAAAAUUCUGGGAGCUUCAGGGAUGCACACUCAAAAUUCCACACGUAGAGCGAAAGAUAUUAGACUUAUAUCAGCUCAACAAGCUGGUUGCAGACGAGGGUGGUUUCGAUGUAGUCUGUAAAGAGCGUAGAUGGACAAAGAUAGCCACGACAAUGGGCUUUGCCCCUGGCAAGGCAGUGGGUUCACAUCUGCGGGCGCAUUACGAGAGGAUCCUCUACCCCUACAACCUCUUCCAGUCUGGGGCCAAUCUGCUGGCACAAGAGCUAGCAGCCAAACUGAUGAGUUUUGGGGCAGCUCCUGAGCAGGAGAAGUUUGUCCAGAAUCCCUCCCUGCCGGAAAAUGGCAAUGAUAAGGAAUAUAAACCUCAUGAUCUGGUGCAGAGGCAGAACACGCAGGUGCAGCCCAGUGAUACGAGCACGCCUGCCAGAAGAGCCAAACGGAUGAAGGCUGAGUCUGGCUGUGGGAAGGCAGAGGCUGGUGCAGGAGGAGAGAUGUGUGAGAGCAGACCCAAUCUGAGGAGGAGAAUGGGCUCAUUCGUAGCCAAAGCUGAACCAGUGAAGGAAGUUCCCAUUCAGAUCAAACAAGAGCCGGUGGAGGCCAAAGAUCUGCAAAUGGAGCCGGAGAAGCCCAAAUCUCGCUAUAAGAAAAGCAACCCACCACCACUUGUCAGUAUAGUGGAUCUCUAUGUGUGCUUAGUUUGUGGGAGUGGCAGUGAUGAGGAUAAGCUCUUACUGUGCGAUGGUUGUGAUGACAGCUACCACACCUUCUGCUUGAUCCCACCCCUUCAUGAUGUCCCAAAGGGUGACUGGAGGUGUCCCAAGUGUCUGGCACAGGAAUGCGGUAAGCCACAGGAGGCAUUUGGUUUCGAGCAGGCGCGCAGAGACUACUCACUCAAAGCAUUUGGGGAAAUGGCUGACUCUUUUAAGUCUGACUACUUCAACAUGCCCGUUCACAUGGUGCCCACUGAACUGGUGGAGAAGGAGUUCUGGCGGUUAGUAGGCACUAUUGAGGAGGAUGUGACUGUGGAGUAUGGAGCUGAUAUUGCCUCCAAGGAGUUUGGGAGCGGCUUCCCCAUUAAAGGUGGCAAGUUCAAAGUCGCACCCCAUGAUGAGAAGUACUUAAGCUGUGGUUGGAACCUAAAUAACAUGGCAAUGAUGGAUCCGUCGGUGUUGACCCAUGUGACAGCUGAUAUCUGCGGCAUGACUCUGCCGUGGCUCUACGUGGGCAUGUGCUUUUCUUCAUUCUGCUGGCAUAUCGAGGACCACUGGAGCUACUCCAUCAACUACCUGCACUGGGGAGAGCCAAAGACAUGGUAUGGAGCUCCUGGGUUUGCAGCUGAGCAGCUGGAGGCAGUGAUGAAGAAGCUGGCACCUGAGCUGUUUGAGUCGCAGCCCGAUCUAUUACACCAGCUUGUCACAAUCAUGAACCCCAACACACUCAUGGAUCAUGGAGUGCCAAUUUACCGGACCAACCAGUGUGCAGGAGAGUUUGUCAUCACGUUCCCAAGAGCCUAUCACAGCGGCUUUAACCAGGGUUUCAACUUUGCAGAGGCAGUCAACUUCUGCACUGUGGACUGGAUGCCGUUGGGCCGUCAGUGUGUGGAUCAUUACCGUUUACUGCAUCGUUACUGUGUGUUUUCCCAUGAUGAAAUGAUCUGCAACAUGGCUGCCAAAGCAGAGAAGCUGAACGUGGUUCUGGCCUCAGCUGUACACAAAGACAUGGUGCUAAUGAUCAGUGAGGAGAGGGACCUACGAGACCAAAUCCGCAAAAUGGGAGUGGUACAGUGUGAGUUGUUUGAAUACGACUUGCUGCAGGAUGAUGAGAGACAGUGUGUUAAGUGCCGCACCACCUGUUACCUGUCUGCCCUCACCUGUCCCUGUCGGCCAGGUGAACAGGUGUGUCUGCACCACGCCCACCACCUGUGCUCCUGCCCCAUCUCCAAGUACAUGCUCAAGUAUCGCUUCACACUGGAUGACCUCUUCCCCAUGAUGAAUGCUGUAAAGCAGAGGGCCGAGUCCUAUGACGAAUGGGCCUCACGUGUUACUGAGGUGCUGGAGGCCAAACUGGACAAGAAACGCAGUGAGUUUCACUUCACUGACUGCAGUGAGCUUGGCUUGAAGAAACAUGACCUUUCAGUGUUUCAUUCUCUGAUUGAGGAGUCAGAUAAGAUGAGUUUCCCGGAUAAUGAUCUGUUACGGCACCUGAAACUGGUCACUCAGGAUGCAGAGAGAUGUUCGUCUGUGGCCCAGCAGCUGCUGAAAGGCAAGAGGCAGACAAGGUAUCGUACUUCUGGGGGGAAGUCUCAGAACCAGCUGACCGUUGAGGAAUUGAGGUCAUUUGUCCGUCAGCUUUACAACCUCCCCUGCAGCCUAAUGCAGGCACCAUUGCUGAAGGAGAUGCUAAACCGUAUUGAGGAUUUCCAGCAGCACAGUGAGAAGGUCCUCUCCGAUGAUGUAAGUGCGGAUUUGGUGGGGGAGAUCCAGUCUCUGCUGGAUGAGAGUUCAGAGUUUGAUGUGUGUCUGCCGGAAGUUCCACGGCUGCGGGAGCGUCUGGAGCUCGCUCGCUGGCUUGCGGCUGUCCAGCAGGCUGAGGAUUCGGCCACCAGCCCCCGUGGCCUAUCUCUAGAUGGCAUGCGGCAGCUGAUUGACCACGGCGUGGGUCUGACCCCUCACCCGUCCACAGAGCGUGCCAUGGCCCGCCUGCAGGAGCUCCUCACUCUGUCUGAGCAGUGGGAGGAGAAAGCGCAGAUGCUGCUCAGGGCCAGACCUCCGGAAAGUGUGGAGUUUCUGUCUGCUACUCUGAAAGAAGUUGAGGCCAUUCCUACGUACCUGCCUAACUGUCUGCUGCUGCGAGACUCUGUUAACAGAGCCAGAGACUGGUUGAAGGAGGCCGAAGGUGUACAGGCAGGAGGGCGGGUGCCUGUGUUAGACACUCUGUCAGAAAUGGUUUUGAGGGGCCGUGCAAUUCCUGUGCAGCUAGACCCUCUGGAGCGGCUGGAGGCGUUGGUCUCUGAGGUCCAGGCCUGGAAGGAAUCUGCAGCCAAAACGUUCCUGUUGAAAAACUCCUCCUUCACCCUGCUGGAGAUGUUGUGUCCACGAUGUGAGGUAGGGAGCUCUCUGAAGAGGAAGAUGAAGAAGACAAAGGGUGACACAGUGCCAUGUGGGAAGAAGAGGACAGGGCGACUGGACAGUCUCAGUGAUGUAGAGAAAGCCCUUUCAGACAGUAAAGACUCAGCCUCCGCUAUGGUGACUCUUGCUGAAGUGCGUUUGAAGGAGCUGGAGUCCCUAGCAUCUGUCCGUGCAGCUAAUGAGUCCAAGCUCCUCCCCUCAGCUGACUGUGGCGCACUCAAAGUGUGUGUGUGUCAGAAGCCUCCCAUGGGCGCCAUGCGUCAGUGUGAGCUGUGUCGGGAUGCGUUCCACAGAGUGUGUGUGGGUGGGCCGGUGGACACCCCUGAUGCUGAGCCAUGGUUAUGUCAAUCAUGUCACCGCUCAUCCAAACCACCUCUGGACAAGAUCCUGCCACUGCUGGCGUCUCUGCAGAGGAUCCGUGUGCGUUUGCCUGAGGGAGACGCAUUGCGCUACAUGAUCGAACGCACGGUUAGCUGGCAGCGGCGAGCCAGAGAAGUAACGACCUCCUACGACCUCUCGCCCACCUCUCAGGAACACAAGGGCAGCUCACCACCACAGAAGCGCUGCGGAGCAGACAGCAGUGCGAAGCAGUCUCAGGACUGGAGCAGGUGCAGUCAGGAGCAGUCAGUCUUCUACAUAGAGCAACGAUGCAUCCCUCUGCAGGGUCUGAGUGCAGAAUUGGAGGAGUUGAUGGUGGAGGGAUUAUUGCUACAGGUUUCAUUGCCAGAGACUGAGCAGCUGUACUCACUGCUACUGAACGGCCCACCCGUCCAGCGCAGCCCUCAACACACACAACCAGCACAGCACAGCCCACAACACACACCCUGCCACUCUCAGGAACACACCUCACCACACAGGGAGAGAGAUGCAGUCACCUCAGCAGAAAAGAAAGCAAAGCGGCGGAUAGAGAAAGAGGGGUUGGGGCUGGACACGGAGGUAAGGGAGCGAGGGAUCUCAAAAAGGAAGAAGCAGCGAAUGAGUAAAGAGAAGAGGAGAGAGAGGAAAGCAGCAUCUGUCUCUGCAUCUCCCAGCUACUUGUCUGACCUGUCACCCUCAGACGACUCAGAGGAGGACAUGAUCCUCUGCCCGGCCGAGAGCUGCCUACAGCCUGCAGGAGAUGAGGUGUACUGGGUGCAGUGUGAUUGCUGUAACCAGUGGUUCCAUAUGGUUUGUGUAGGAGUUUCUGCAAAGAUGGCAGCAGAGGAGGACUACAUGUGUGUCACCUGCAGCAAACAAAAUAUGGACCAGCGCCGAAAAUGAGGCCGAGGAAGGAGAAUGGGGGAAUGUGGAGGACUAGGAGAACAACUAGUCCAUCUCCCCUCUUCCUCAGUCUUUCCCUUUGUACUGUCCUGUUCCCGGUUGUGUAACUGACCGUCCCCAAUUCCUUAUGAACCUAUGACCUCUGACCUUUGUAACAACGGUGCUAUUUCCUCUAUUUCGAAUUUUUUUUUUUUUUUGGAAUCUGUCGUUCUGAAUGAUGCUAUUUGGUCACUUUUUUGUAUUUUUACAACCUUUUCCUUCUAUUUGAAAUGUGUGGUUGUCUUAAAAGAAAAGAAA